GCUGCAGCACGGCCUUAGGAUAAACUGACAUGUCGGCUUGGGACAUUUGAAAAUGCUACUUGGACUUUAACUUUUUUAUUAUUAUUAUUAUUAUUUAUGUUUUUAUGUUACGGGAAUGCCAUCUCUGGUUCGGCAUGCAGCACUGUGCAUUGCAAGGAAGGUAACAGUUUUUCAACGCAGCUGUUGAGGCCUUAAACCUGAGACGUAACUACAGAAGACCUGCAGUUCUCUCUCGACACCUGGGAUCCAGGAGACUGCAGUAACACUGAGAGCAACUCACAGCUCCUUGGGAGGAUUAUGCCAUUAUAGCUGACAACUUGAGCUUCCACAGCGUACAUCGGCUACAAGGCAAAGUCAGUCCUGCUCCCUGUGCACACGGCAGGAACCAUGGAUGACCCUUACCACAACAAUGUGAACCAGCAGAUGACAGAAGGUGGAGAUUACACCUACACCCAAGACGGAGGAGGUCAAGAUGGCUACCCUUACCAAACAGACUACCCGCCACAAGACGAGGAUGCCGCUAGUGACGCCACCGAAGGGGCAGAUGAUGAUGAUCAGAUGUAUGAGGGGGAGUACCAGGGCGUUCCCCACCCCGACGAGAUCAAGGAGGCACGACGGGCAGCUCGGAUAGAGGCCAGGAGGAAAGCCCGUAUGGCUACCCAGCAGGAAGAAGAGGAAGAAAACCUGCCAGAACAGUAUGAGACCAUCAUGGAGGACUGUGGCCAUGGACGCUUCCAAUGGAUGCUCUUCUUUGUACUGGGCCUGGCGCUUAUGGCUGAUGGUGUGGACGGCUUCGUGGUGGGCUUUGUUCUGCCCAGCGCUGAGAAGGAUAUGUGCAUAUCCAACGCUGACAAAGGAUUGCUGGGUCUGCUGGUGUAUGUGGCCAUGAUGGUGGGUGCGUUGGUGUGGGGCGGCCUGUCUGAUAAAAUGGGGAGGAGGAAGUGUCUGAUCUACGUCCUCGCCAUCGACCUGAUCUUCUCUUUCCUGUCCUGCUUCGCUCAGGGCUAUGGCUUCUUCCUCUUUUUCAGGUUCUGCUCCGGAUUUGGAAUUGGCGGCUCUAUCCCGAUCGUGUACACCUACUUCACCGAAUUCUUGCAGAUGGACAAACGUGGAGAACAUCUGAGCUGGCUCUGCAUGUUCUGGAUGCUGGGGGGCCUGUAUGCCUCCUUCACUGCCUGGGGAAUCAUUCCUCACUAUGGCUGGGGCUUCGCCAUUGGUUCAGAAUUCCAAAUGCACAGUUGGAGACUGUUUAUUCUGGUGUGUCUCUUCCCUGCGUUGGCUGCACUCGUCGGAGUUGUCUUCAUGCCGGAGAGCCCUCGUUUUCUUCUGGAGAAUGCUCGACACGAUGAGGCUUGGAUGAUCCUGCGACAAGUUCAUGACACCAACUGGAAGGCCAAAGGGGAGCCAGAGAGAGUCUUUACUGUGACCAACAUUAAGACUCCACAAACUCAGGAAGACGAGUUUAUAGAGAUCCAGAGCGACACUGGAACUGCCUUCCAGCGCUGGACUGUCCGACACAUGACCAUGCUGCAGCAGGUGAUGGCCAAUGUGAUGUCACUUUCAGCUCCAGAGCUCAGACUACAGGGCCUCUUCCUGGUUAUCAUCUGGUUCUGCAUGGCCUUCAGCUACCAUGGGCUGGGAGUGUGGUUCCCUGAUAUGAUCAAGUACAUGCAGUAUGAAGAGUACGAGUCCAAGGUUCGAGUGUUCCACAGAGAACGCGUGGAGCGUUUCCAUUUUAACUUCUCCCUGGUCAACCAGAUCCACCGUGAGGGAGAGUACGUCCAUGACAAGUUUGCAAACAUUGAGAUUAAGUCCGUCAAGUUUGAGAAUUCUCUGUUUGAGAACUGCUACUUUGAGGACAUCAAAUCAACCAACACCUUCUUUGAGAACUGCACCAUCAAAAACACUGUCUUCUAUAACACAGACCUCUGGCAGGAAAAGUUUAAAAACUGUCGAAUGGAGAACACAACCUUCCUCCACCCAAAGAAAGGCUGCCAUCUAAACUUCCAGGAGGAGAAUGACAUCGUCAUCUACAUGGUCAGCUUCCUAGGCAGUUUGGCUGUGUUGCCAGGCAACAUCAUCUCAGCCUUGUUCAUGGACAAGAUAGGAAGAAUCCGGAUAAUAGGUGGUUCUAUGUUGGCGUCUUCAGCCUGCACUUUCCUGCUGCUGUUGAGUUUCAGUCAAGGAGCUGUAAUAUGCUGGCAAUGUCUCUUCUAUGCUGUCAGCGUGGCAGCAUGGAAUGGACUAGAAGUCAUUUCUGUGGAACUCUAUCCCUCCUCUAAAAGAGGGACAGCGUUCGGUAUCCUGAAUGGAAUCUGCAAGUUUGCAGCCAUCAUUGCCAGCUUCAUCUUUGCAGCCUUUAUCGGCAUCACUAAAAUCAUCCCCAUCUUCCUGGCCUUCGCCGCCCUCGUCUGUGGAGGUCUGGUGGCCCUCAAGCUGCCUGAAACCCGGGAGAAAAUCCUGUCUUGAAAAGCCAAACUCCAGCAGCCUCCGGGCCCGAGACACAGUGUAGCAUGUUUUGAGGAAAGUGUCAGCAGCUGAAACUGAAACAAGAAAAUGAGAAAGAAAGGCCACAUUGUGGUAACUGUGUUUAUGAGUCUGUCAUGGUGAUGAUUAAAAAUGUUGAAAACCUGUCUGGUUGCCUACAUGAACCUGUGGUUGCUUUCUGUUCCUUUUGUAAGCUCCUCAGGCUGCCCAGCAUCUCUGUCACAUCGUAUGAAACUAGUGUUUGUCGUCCUCUGUCACCCGUCCUCAGUUCACACACAGCGUAUAGCAGCAUUUGUUUUGUUUGAGGUUUAUGUAAAAGAUUAUUAUGAGAUGAAAAUGUGUCUGUACUUGAAAGGUGAUGUAGUUUAUGUUACCAUGUUGUGCUUUGAUUUCAUUCCCUCUUGGAGAAGGAGAGAGGAUUUAUAGUGAUAACUUGAAUUGGGUUAGAAUCCUGUUGUAUUCACUGCUGAGGUUCAGCAGCGAUAUUACUGCUGGUGUUGUCAUUCGGAGAAAACACCUCUUUCAUUCACCCAGUCUUUAUUUAUUCUGCGCUGUCCUGUGGUGUCUGUAGUCCUGUGUAGUUGUUGAUCGGUUUGUUCUCUCUAGACAUAAACCUGGACAGACCAUUCUAUUAAAUGUAGGAGAUAUUUUUUUUUUAUUAAAUCCACUCCUGUUUAUUUCUCCCUACUGAUCCAAAUCCAACCCUGACAACCUGACUGGAUUCUCCUCCCUGUUUGUCGUCUUGUCCUCGACUCUGAGACGUCAUGUCUGCCCUCAACUGUAGAGCUGUGUUAUGUAGGUGUUGAUAAUCUAGAAUCAGAGUCUUAUCUGUCACAUCUUGCCAUGACAACGUGUAAGGAACUGUUUAAUUUGUUUUUUCGUCUUUUUCUAAAAAAAAAAAAGAAUUAUGCAAAACUGUGAGACUAGAUGUUUUGAUAUGAUGCUGUCAUUUUACCGUUCUGAUGAAGAACUGAACUGCAGAACUUGUUGCAUUUCUGACAACAUGCGUCAAGAGUUCUAAGGAGCAUGUUACUUUUUUGGCAUGACUGAGCUGUGUGCAUGUGUGUGGUUGAUAUCCACACUUCUGUGAAUUUAUUGACAACACAACAGUCUGACUACCAACACUGUAUUUGUUGUUGUACAUAUAGACCUGUGUAUAUUAGCUGUAACAUAAUAGCUGCAUCAUGACUUGAAUAAAGCUGAGGGCUCAUGA